UUGUUGUUUUCAAAAUGGCAGCUGCAAAUAUUGACCAAGAAAUGGAACCUGCCCUAAAUCAAAACGAAGAGCUGCUUGGCAUUACACCUUCUCGUCGGUCGCCCCAUGGUGGGGUUUCUAGGAAACGUAAAGCUGAUAGGAGUAGUUGGAAACAAAGUGUAAGAAAAAUCCAAAGUCAGUCGGGUAAAGCUUAUAAAAAUACAAAAGGAGAACAAAUGCCAAAAAGAUCUAUUGUUGCACUAAAAAGUUGCAGAAAUUGUAAAUUUAAAUGUUCUACCAAUAUAUCUGAGAUUGAGCGUCAAAUAAUAUUUGAUAACUUUUGGACCUUAGAUGAUGACGAAAAAAAACAUUUCUAUUCUAAAACUACUGAAAAUCUGGAGAAAAAACGCUGUCGGACAGCUGCUGGUGACAAUUCAAGAAGAAAAACAUCUUAUUAUUAUAGCUUUUUUGUUUCUAAUACACAAUAUAGAGUUUGUAAAUCAUAUUAUCUUUCAACAUUGAAUAUUAGCAGCCAUAGAGUGUUUUACUUUCAUAAGUUUAAUAAAUCUUUAACUACUGGAACACCAUUGCAAUCAAAAUCAGGGAAACAUGUUAAAAAAAGGUUACUAGAAGAGUCUAAACAAGUUGUACGAGACCGUAUUAACCUUUUCCCAAGAAUUGAUGCUCAUUAUAGCAGGAAAAAGACACAUAAAGAAUACAUGGAAGGAUCACUAAAUAUAGGUAGAAUGUAUGAUCUUUAUAAAAUAUAUUGUGAUGAAAAUGUCUCUCCUCCAGCAAAAGAACAUAUAUAUCGUUAUAUCUUUAAUCACGAGUUCAAUAUAGAAUUUCAAAAACCGAAGAAAGAUUUAUGUGACACAUGCUAUGAGUAUCGCAACAUUGUUAAUGCAAGCAAUGAACAAACAGAUAGUUAUAAUAAGCACAUAAAAUCAAGGAAUGAUACCAAAACUGAACGUGAAAAUGAUCGCCAAAAUGUUGAUUCUAAAACUGCAAUUGUUUGUAUUGACCUUGAAAAUGUUUUAAAUUUGCCUAGAGCUAAUGUGGGAAACUUUUAUUACAAACGAAAACUUUCAAAUUAUAACUUAACUGGUCAUUGCUCGCUUAACAGGAAGGGUUAUUGCAUCCUUUGGCACGAAGCCAUGACUGGUCGUGGAGGAAAUGAUCUAGCCAGUGCUGUAACAUGUUUGCUUUUGAAAAUCAUGGCUGACCUUGACAUAAAUAAGUUCAUACUUUGGUUCGAUUCAUGUGUACCACAAAACCGCAAUAGUUUCAUGUCAGCAGCUUUGUGUGAAUUUAUAAUACGAUACCCACAAAUAAAAGUAAUUGAACAGAAGUUCUGCGAGCCAGGUCAUUCCAGCAUUCAAGAAUGUGACAACAUUCAUAGUCAGAUUGAAAAAUCCCUCUCUGCUGCAGAAAUAUUUAGUCCACUUGGGCUAGAAAGAGCUAUUAAAAAUGUAAACCGUAAAAAACCUUAAAACCGUAAAAAACCUUAAA